AUGUCUCACCACAUGAAGAUUAAGGACCUGCGCGAGAAGAGCAAGGAUGAUCUUCUCAAGAAGCUGACGGAGUACAAGAAGGAGCUGUCGCAGCUGCGCGUGGUGCAGCAGACGGGCGGCGCCGAGGCCCGCCUGGGCCGCAUCCGCCCGAUCCGCAAGAGCAUUGCGCGCAUCCUGACGGUGCUGAACCAGAACGAGCGCCGAAACCUGAAGAAGUUCUACUCGGACGGCAAGAUGCGCAGCAAGAUGCCGAAGGUGCUGCGCGCCAAGCUGACACACCGCCGCCGCCUUGCGCUGAAGGACAACGAGAAAAACCGCAAGACGUUACACCAGCUGCGCCAGGCGCACAAGUACCCCAAGCGCGUGUACGCCGUGCGAAUCUAG